AUGUCCUUCGUGGAGCUGCUGGCCCGCCUGGGCGGGAUGGGCCGCUUCCAGGUGACCUACGUGGCCGCGCUGGCCAUCCCGCUGCUCAUGCUGGCCAGCCACAACCUCCUGCAGAACUUCACCGCCGGCGUCCCCGAGCACCACUGCUGGCCCCGGCCCGUGGCCAACGCCACCCUCGCCGACGUCCCCCUCGUCGUGUCCAUCCCCUCGGACGGCCACCGCCGGCCCCAGCGCUGCCGCCGCUUCGUGGAGCCCCAGUGGCACCUCUUGGACGUCAACGGCUCGGCCAACGCCGUGGCCAACGGCACGGCCACCGAGGCGGCCACCGAGCCGUGCCACGACGGCUGGACCUACCUGGACGGCAUCUUCACCGACACCAUCGUCACCGAGUGGGACCUGGUGUGUGAGUCCAAGAAGCUGAGGCAGGUGGCCCAGUCCAUCUACAUGGCCGGGAUCCUGCUGGGCUCCGGGCUCUUCGGGGUCCUCUCUGACAAGUUCGGGCGCCGGGCGCUGCUCACCUGGUGUUACCUGCAGCUGGGGGCGACGGGGGUGGGCACGGCCGCCGCCCCCUCCCUCCUCGUCUACUGCCUGUGCCGCUUCCUCACCGGGCUGGCCAUGGCCGGGGUGUCCCUCAACUCCGCCUCCCUGUGCAUGGAGUGGAUCCCGACGGGGGCGCGGGCCGUGGUCGGGACCAUCAAUGGCUACUGCUACACCCUGGCAGUUCGUGCUGCGGCCGCGGCCUUCGCGCUCCCGCGCUGGCGGCAGCUCCAGCUCGUCGUGUCCCUGCCCUUCUUCGUCUUCUUCUUCUACUCCUGGCUGUACGUGGAGUCGGCGCGCUGGCAAGUGACCUCGGGGCGAGCGGACCUGGCCCUGCGGGGGCUCCGCAAGGUCGCGCGGGUCAACGGCCGCAAGGAGGAGGGGGACAAGCUCAGCGAGGAGGCGCUGCGGGCUCUGGUGCGCCGGGAGCCGCCGCUGCGGCGGGGCCGUGGCCGCGCUCGUCCGGACCCCCGGCAUGAGGACGGUGUCGUGCGGGGUCUCCUUCGUCUGGUUCUCCACCAGCUUCGCCUACUACGGGCUGGCCAUGGACCUGCAGGGCUUCGGCUUCAACGUGUACCUGAGCCAGCUGGUGUUCGGCGCCGUGGACAUCCCGGCCAAGCUCCUGUCCGUGCUGGUCAUCUCCUGCUUCGGCCGGCGCGCGGCCCAGGGCGGCUCCCUGGCGCUCGCCGGCCUCUGCAUCCUGGCCAACAUCUUCGUGCCCAGCGAGCUGGCGACGCUGCGCAUGGCCUUCGCCGUGGUCGGGAAGGGCGCCUUGGCCGCCUCCUUCAACUGCGCCUACAUCUUCUCCGGGGAGCUCUUCCCCACCGUCAUCAGGCAGACGGGGAUGGGCCUGGGGGGCACCAUGGCCCGCGUGGGGGGGAUGGUGGCCCCCCUGGUGCGCAUGGCGGCCGACGUGACCCCGGUGCUGCCCCUGGUCAUCUACGGGGCCGCGCCCAUCGUCUCGGCCAUCGCCACCCGGCUUCCUGCCCGAGACCCGCAACGCGCCCCCUGCCCGAGACCAUCAAGGACGUCGAGAGGCGGGCGGGUCACCUCGAGGACGACGAUGUCGCCGUCCCCCUGAGCAGCACCAAGAGCAAGGACGGCGCCUGAGGGGGAGUUUGGGACCUCCCGGGGGGAUUUUGGGGCCGGGCCCCCGUUGGGUCCCCUGGACCCUCCCCCCCGGGGUUAUUUAUUGAAUCCCAAUAAAACCUCACGGGAAUUUCGGGAUCCGGCACCGCCUGCGGCCGUUCCGGGGGGGCCGAGGGGUCUGGGGGUGUCCCCCCCCCCGAAGGGGGCUCAGACAUCCGGGAAUCCCCCCCGGAGCUCGUUAACGAGGAUUAAUUGGAAUUCCCGGAGCUCGUCGGCCUUUGCCCCAGUUCGGGUGAUUUGGCUGCAAAAUAAAUCUGGGAACGGGAUUAAUUCGCGUUUCCAGGCGGGGAAAAAAAGCCCCAAAUGGGGCAGAUUUUACCCCAAAAAGAGGGCGGCACAACCUCAGGGUCAGCUCUUGGAGAAGCCACAUCCCAAUCCCAAACCUGGGAUUUUUUACCCCAAAUCCAGGCACCCAUCAGCCCCCAAACCCUCCAUUUUUGCCCCAAAUCCACAUUGUGCUCUCAAAUCCCCACUUUUGCUCCAAAAUUCCUGUUUUUAGCCCCAAGAUCCUCAAUUUUUGCCCCCAAAUCCCACACUUUUUUACCCCAAAUUUGCCCCCAAACCUCAUUUUUGCCCCAAAUUUCCCACUUCUCCCCAAACUUCCCAUUUCCCCCCAAAAAACCCCCACACUACUCCGUUUUUUGCCAUUUUUAUUACGAAAAAUGAGCCGUUUUGGUGUCGUUUUGCUCUUUCCUGGAUAAGACACAACUGUGAAGCUUCGCUGAGGGGAAUUUGGGAUAAAUCCCCCGUUUUGGGACAUUUCCAUGUCCCCACCCCCCAUCAGGGCACAGAAACGGGGGGAAAAAAGCCCAUUUUGAACCAAAACGCCGUCGAUUCCCCCCAAAAUCGUGCUUGGGAUGGGGAGGAGAGAAACCACCGGGAUGAGCCUCAGAUCCAGAAUUCUGGGGGGGGAUUUUCGGGAUUUGAGUCAAUUUUGAGCAAUUUUUGGCUAAUUUUCCAGUCAUUUUGGCCAGUUCUGGGGUAUUUCGGUCAUUUUUGGGUCAUUUCCAUGAUUUUUUGGGGUUCUUUCGGUCGUGUUUUGGUUACAUUUUGGAAUAUUUGGAUUUUUAGAAUUCUGGGGGAUGCGUUCAUCACUUGGGGGUUGUUCGGUCAUUUUAGGGCCAUUUCAGUCAUUUUGGGGUUAUUUUGGUCAAGCUUGGGGCUAUUGGAGUCCUUUGGGAGUUAUUUUGGGGGUAUUUUAGUGCUUUUAGGGCUAUUUUGGUCUCUCUUUGUUAUUUUAACACUUUUGGACUGUUUCAGUCAUUUUGGGGUUAUUUUAAUAAUUUGAGGGGGUCUUUUGGUCAUUUUGGGGGCUAUUUGGUCACUUUUGGGGCUAUU